CAUCGAUUAUGAUUCGUCCAACUUUGAUUGCGCGGGUGCGGUAAUUCGUUUCAGUUGACGUGUCCGGACUGUUUUAUUCACAGCUCCCUUACGGAUGACCGGGGUCAAUCAGUCUUUCAUCUAGGAUAAAAGCGUAACGGUCUGGAGAUCCUCCGCACUGCUCAGUCCCUAUUGUAUUUCCUGUGCCAUAUUGACCUUUAAGCUGUAGCUUCCAGUUCUUACUCUCCUUGUUCCCUACUAGCUGGUCUUGUAUUCUUCUCAGCUACCUUGUGUUCUCUUUCAAUUAUCUAACACCAUUUCUCGAGCGACAUGCAUCAGUAUUACCCCACUUCUCCUGCAGGACUUGGAGCUUUUGCUACACCUACCCGACAGGGCUCAUAUGGAAGCAACUACAGUGCUUACAGCGCAUCAGCCCCCAGCCCCCAAUACAGCGCCUCAGUCCCCAACUCCGUACACACGCUCAUCGCAGCAAUGAAAAACCUUCAAUCCACGCUCACUCUAUGGUCCACCUCACGAGCCUCCCCUGACGCAGUCAGCGACGCCUACAUGCAAUUCGGAGUCGGAUUUAACGCCGUGGUAUGGGCAUUCGAGGGAUCAGGGGUUGACACAUCAGAUCUGCAUCAAAUUCCCGCGCGACUACGCACUGUGCUUGAGAUGUGUCUAGGCGAAGACCCCUCCCCUGCUGCACUGGAAAUGUAUCAACCACGAAUCCGACAACAGCUAUACGAACUACUGCAGGGCCUCAAAGCAAAGCAGGGUGGGUGGCGCAGUGCUGUAGCUGCAGGGCUUUAGAUUAACUCCAUUCCCGACGAUGAUCUGCGAUCUUGAUGGUAAUUGUAUCUUCUUUAUAUAAGUAUUGAUUUCGACCUUUAUUUAGUUAUUUUGCUGAUUGCCAGCAGUUAAUGUAUUGCCUAUAUAUUCAGUAUAGAAGCGCAGAGUUUACAUAGUACUUGCAAUCGACUUGCAACGGAUCACAAAAAGUAGAGCGCACUACUGUACAACUUUCUUGCAUUAUCUUCAAGCAGUUACUUUGGAUAUCAAGCGUCUGGAACUUCUGCCACACAUUCGAUCUCAACACUUGCGCCCAGCGGAAGAGAAGCUACACCGACACACGUCCUCGCGGGCAUCGCAUUGGCAUCGAAGAACUACGUGACAAGGUCA